UGUACGAGGUUGUUUGUUUAUCUUUUUGGUGUUUGGUAGCUGCGCGCCAGACGAACACUUAUUAAUAUUUGUGAUUAUAAUUCCAAUGAUUAAUUAUCAAAACGUGCCGUAAGUUCUGCUCAUCUAGUAACGAUGGUGGACGUUAAAAAGUUCAGCGAUAUCGACAUUUAUGGCCUGCUGGAAGUGGAUAUAGCGGCCACAGAACAAGAGAUCCGUAAAGCAUACCGCAAAAAAGCCUUGCAAUGCCAUCCGGACAAAAAUCCAGACAAUCCGAAAGCAGCGCAGCUCUUCCAGGAGCUAUCGAAAGCGCUGGAAAUAUUGAUGGACGUUUCGGCCCGCGCUGCCUACGAUCGGUUGCUGAAUGCAAAGAAAGCUGCACAAUUGAGAACGAAGCAGUUGGAUAGUAAGCGGCAAAAGCUAAAGGCUGAUCUAGAGGAACGAGAAAGGAAGGCGAAGGAAGCCGCUACCGGUGGUUACAAAACGGCGAGUAGCAAAACACCCGAGGAACUGUUUCAGGAAGAAUUUGAACGGCUUCGUAAGGAAGGUUCGAAUUUGAUAAAGGAGGAGCAAGAGCUAAUGCGCCGGCAGCUGCAGGAAGAGCUACGCAUGAUGCAAACACCAAACGCGUCAAGCUGGGAUUCGGCACAGCAUAGGAUAAAAAUACGCUGGAAAGCGGAGAAGAGUGACACAACCAACGGUGGCUACACGGAGGAAAUAUUGCGCAAAUUUCUCAGCAAGUACGGUGAUAUGAAUGCGCUCGUGAUGAGUCCACGCAAGAAUGGAAGCGCGCUGGUGGAGUUCCGUACGAAGGAUGCCGCCGAAAUGGCCAUAACGUACGAGAAAGGUCGGUUAGAUAAUCCGUGCACGUUGGAAUGGGUUGGAGCAGCUCCGACACAAGGAAAAUCCAAAACAACGGCUGGCGGUGGCAGUACUAUCACGGAUCGGGAUUAUGAAAGUUUAGUAUUACGGCAACUACGGCAAGCGGAAGAACGGAAACGAUUGAUUGAACAAAUGAUGCGGGAAGAGGCGGAAGCCGAAUCAGCUGCGCAGUAAAUCGCACAA